GCAAUCCCCGCUGGUCUUGCUGGACGACCCCUUCUGCGCUUUGGACGAGGAGGUGGCGAAGCAGGUUUGCAGAUCACUGCUGUCACCCACAAGCGGUCUGCUGAGGCCGGAAAGGGGUCCUUUGGUAGGGUGGCUUGGAGUACCAAGUGAAGGUUUACAAUCAGAUCCUACAUACGAGUAG